AUGGGUUCACGUCUCACUGGUUUGGUUAGCUUGCCGGAGGGUAAGCCGAUCUUCACAGCGGCCCACAACGCCUCGUCCACCAGCCUGCAGCUGCAUUGGAAGGCGCCCAACCACUCCACUAUACACGGCGAGUUCCUUGGGUACCGGAUCGUCCUCAAGCCCAGGGACAUCCCCAACCCUCGCGCCGACCAGGUGGUCAACAUCACCGUCAGGGACCCGGGUGUUAAUAGUCACGUUGUACAGGGCCUACGCACCUACACCCAGUACCUCGUCUCCCUUCAGGUGUUUAACCCUGAGGGCUACGGACCCACUUCCACUGUCGCUGUGAUGACCGAUGAAGGUGUGCCGGGGCCGCCGGAGAACCUGACCUUGCUCCGGGUCCACGACCGCUCGGUGGACCUGCAGUGGAGCCAGCCCACCGAGCCCAACGGCGAGAUACGGGGCUACCGAGUCUACUACAUGAAGGGCAACUUCACCAGCGUGCGCACCGUCCACGCCAACGACCCCAACAUCCUCUUCUCUCUCCACGACCUCGGUGAGUACUUGAAUUCUCUCGGCUUCAGCCGCUCGCUGGGUUCCCGCCCAUCAGCGGGGGCCUCGUUGUCGGUAGGAUAAGGGGCUUUUCUUAGU